AUGAAGAUCGCUGGCUUUCUACUGCUAUUUGCCCUGGCUCAUCUCUGCUUAACCUCUGAUGUUGAAGAUGAGAAUUUGGGGGAAGAAGACUGUGAUUAUUAUAAGAAGUUUCCAUUGGAAACUAUUUCCUGCCCUGUUGAAUAUUUCCCUGUUUGUGGCUCUGACUUCAUCACUUAUGGGAAUGGAUGUCAUCUAUGUGUAGCGAAUUUGAAAACAAAUGGAAAAGUGAAUUAUGUUCAUGAUGGACCUUGCUGUAGGGUUCUAUGA